AUGGACACAUUUACAGAUUCAGGUGAAUUAUAUAAUAUAAAGAAUCAAUUCUAUACUAAUCAAUUCCAAAAAGUAAUUAGUUAUACUUUAGAUCAAUUUUCUCCAGAAUCACAAUUAAAAGUUUUAGAAUUUCAAAUUAGAUCAACCAUUGCGUUAGAACAAGAUGCUAGUGAAUUAAUAGAAUAUGGGAAAGUACAAUUUAGUGAUGAAGAUCAAUUAUUUGAAUUAUUGACUGUUUGGAAUGAUUUGAUGACAUUUGGAAUGGAUGACUCAACCUAUUUCCAAGAUAUUCAACAAGCUGAAUUUGAAUUACAAGCAGUAUUAACUGCUAUUUAUUUAGUUCAAUUUGAAAAAGAUAUCGAUCAAGCUAUUGACUUUUUAAAUUCAUAUGUUAAUGAAUCUAAAAAUGUUUAUGAAAUUGAACCAUUUUUAAUUUUGAUGCAAUUAUAUUUAAUUAGAGGGAAUUAUACUUUAAGUGAUAAAUUAUUUAAUAAUUUGAAAAGAUUCCCUGAUAUUAAAGAUAAUAUUAUUUAUCAAAUCAUUGAAUCAUGGAUGUUAUCAAUUAAGGGUGAAUCUGAUAAUAUCAAUAAUUCAUUUUAUUUUUAUGAUGAAUUAUUAUCAACUGGAUUAGAUGAUGAUGAAUCAUGUAAAUUUAAAAUAUUAAGUAUCUUAUUUGUUUUGACUAUUCAAUUAAAACAUUAUCCAGAAGCUCAAGAAUUAUUAAAACAAAUUGAUUCACUUAAGGUUAAACCAAAUGGUGAUUUCAUUGCUAAUAAAAUUACCUUUGAAUAUUUAACUCAAGGAAAUCAAGAAUCAAUUAAUUUGUUAUUACAAGAAUUAGAAAAGGUUGAUCCUGAACAUCAAUAUUUGGUGGACUUACAAGAGAGGAAUUCAAUCUUUAAUGAGAUUGUUACCAAGUAUCAUGUUUAG